UCGUCCUCGCUGUUGUUAGCAUGUAAAUAAGGAGUGCUGUUUGAAUGCUGUUAGUGCUCCAACAUGGCGGCUCCUCUGGAGGUGAUCGUCAGCAGCGACUCGGCCUCGCAGCUCUGGAACUGCACGGUGUUCGACCUCCACAGCGGCUCCAGCCUCCUGUCGUACCGCGGCGGGAACUCGGCGGCCCGGAGCCUCGCGCUGCUCCGCGGGGACUUCCUGCUGUCCGCGCAGCUGGCCAAGAACUUCAUUAACGUGUGGGAGAUCCAGAGGAAGGAUCAGUUGCAGCAGAAGAUUGUGUGUCCAGGUGUGGUCACCUGUCUGACUGUGUCACCUGACGGAGCCUUUCUUGCUGUUGGAGUGGCUGAGGCCAUUUACCUGUGGGAGGUAUGCACAGGUAAGCUGUUGGUCGUGCUCAGUCGACACUAUCAGGACGUGACGUGUCUGAAGUUCACAGACGACGGCAGCCAUUUGGUUUCUGCAGGGAAAGAUAACCUGGCCCUGGUGUGGAGCGUGUGCAGUGUGGUCCAGCUGGAUUUAGGCCACGCCCCCGAACCUCACCAUGUCCUGUCUCGUCACUCCCUUCCCAUCACYGACCUGCACUGUGGUCGAAUGGGAGCUCAGGCCAGAAUUGCAACUGCUUCAUUGGACCAAACUGUCAAGGUGUGGGAGCUGUCAUCAGGUGAAAUGCUCUUGUCUGUCCUCUUUGAUGUGGAGAUCAUGUCAGUGACCUUUGACCCCUGCGAGUACUUCCUGUUCUGUGGAGGAAGUGAUGGCAACAUCUUCCAGGUGUCUCUGUCCAGUCAGUUUCUCAGUCGGGAAAAAUCCUUCCAGUCUGCCAGUGAAGGCACCCAGGUGUUUAAAGGACACAGGAACAUAGUAACGUGCCUGUCUGUGUCCAUGGAUGGGACUCUCCUCUUGUCUGGAUCACACGAUGAGACAGUUCGUCUCUGGGAUGUUCAGAGCAGACAGAGUGUUCGCUGCCUCGCACACAAAGGUCCCGUGACAAACGCCGUCAUCAUGCCUGUUUCAGCUAACAUGUUCCUGCCUGACAGUCGUCCUGCUGUUCCUCUGCCGCGCUUCAGCCGACACCUUCAUGCCUCAGAGAGGAACGAUGAAGAGUCAGGGAUGGUGUGUCUCCGCCCCGCACUCUACACACAGGAGGAGGAUGAGUCGUACUUGCAGAAAGCCGACAGGUUGUACUCACUGAUCAACACCGUGACUGACAAU